AUGGAUGGAAAGAGGAAGUCGUCACAAGAAAAAGACCUAUGUCAAAACGACAACAAAAAGAUAAACUUUGGGACACCAGAAAAUCAAAAAGCCGAUGGAAGCGGUUGCGAUGAUAUUGUAGCCCAUGCUUUCAACGCACCAAUUGUGUGUGUUAACUUGGAAGAAAAUAAGCUUAGCGGCCGAGGUGAUAGCAAUGAUAACGGGCUAGCAAAUGAUUCGCGUUCAGAUGAAAAUCAAUUGGUUGAAGCUUAUGUGAGAGGUGAUAAAGAAACAAAUAUAAGUCAAGACAAAGGAAAAGCCAUUUUGGACGAAGCUGUCGACGGAUUAAUGGACGUGCCAAUCGUAGAUUUGAGUUCGGAAAAUGAUAGACCUAAUAAUCGUACCAUGGGAAGCUCAUUUAAACAUGCCAUGGUUGGUGGUAGCAGCAGAGGUGGUAACAGUGGUAAAGGGCUAGACAACAAUAUCUGUUCAGAUGGAAAUGAAUUGGUCGAAAUCCAUAAGAGCAAAGACAAAAGAAAAGCCAUCUUCGACCUGAAUGAAACUGUUUGGCCAGAAGAUGAACCAUUUUCAAACAUAUUUGAGGUUUACCAUUUGUUACAAGUGGAGAAAUACCGAAAGAUUGUGAGCAUUCUUGGAUAUGGAAGGAAGGUUUUGGUCAUGUGUGUUGGAUAUGUGAUAUCAUUGACAAGCUAUUUGGUUUUAGAAAAAUCACCAAUUGAGUUAGCAGUCAAGGCUCUGACUGGUCAUCCGGUGCCACCCGGGUUUGGAUCGAAUAACUCCAGAGAUGUUAACCCGGCGGGUUUAGGAACUGGCAUUUACCCUCACCCGUUGCACCAAAGUUGUAUGGAUCUUCGUCACAUCGAGAUGUUCAACUUUUUAUGCAACAAUUUGGCUGUGGAAAACCCAAAUGGAUGCAUUCUAGCUCAAGCUCCUGUUUCUGAAAAGACAUUCUUGCUUGUCAAUUUCAUCUCUGGUUACCUUGCGAAGCAUCCAGAUAGUAAAAUUCUCUUCGUGCUUCCCAAGUGGUCUCAGCAACUAGGGGUUUUAAACCGGUGGAUGAUGAGUAACCGGAGUAUUAUCUUCUUAUGCGGCAAGCAGUUUUCCAAUAUCGUGUUUAAGAGCAGUAGUGGUGUUGAAGUAGAAGCUUCAAAUGAAUGUAGGAGUAUUCUCGUAAAUGUUCCUUCACUGGUCAUCUUUGACAGAGGAACUGAUCCCAAGAACGAGAUGAUGGGCGUUCUUAGGGAUGUUGCUCGUAUCAAAACGCCAAAAAAGGUUCUACUCACUAGCACGUUAUACCAUACCAACAUAAAGGAGGUUUUCAACAUUCUUGAUGUUGCUUUCCCUGAGUUCCUGACACAUAACCAAGCUGGGAAACAAGUCUCAAAAUUCUUGAAGGUUGAAUCUUACACUCAUGAUCAACCUUUAAUGGAUUUGGAAGAAGCUUUGCUUAGUCAAGAUUCUGAUCAUGGAGACAAGAUUGGUUACUUAACCGAACUAAGGAUGUUGACUAACAAGAUCAUCUACAAUCACAAUGGAGAGUUCCUUCAUGAAGACCCGGGAUUGAUGGACUUCACGGUGGUCUUAAAACCAACAUUAAGCCAAAAGUCAGCAUGGGAGGUUGAAAAGAAAUCCAAAACCAAGGGUUUCAAAACAUGCUCUAACUUGAGUUCAGUCACGCUUCACCCGGUGCUAAGUGCUUUCUCAGAUCGUGCUAAGGGUCUUCCCGCCCCUAACAAAGAUGAGAUGGAUGAGAUUAUCAAGUCAAUCGACGAAACAGAUGGCGUAAAAACCAAAUUCUUCUUGGGUUUGGUGAAGUUAUGCGACUAUACAAAUGAGAAGAUUAUUGUCGUGAGCCAAUAUGUCAUCCCAUUGAUAUUUCUCCAGAGGCUUGUGGCUAAGAUUAAAGGCUGGGAAGAUGGCAAAGAAACCUUCAUGAUUAAAGGUGACACCAGCCAUUCUGCUCGUGAAAUGUCAAUUAAUCAGUUCAACAACUCGUAUGAUGCGAAGAUCUUCUUUUUAUCAAUCAAAGCAUGUAAUGAGCAGAUGGCUCUUACUGGUGCAACAAGGGUUUUAAUGCUCGACGUCAUCUCCAACCCUUGUAUUGCUCGACAAGCCAUAGAGCUGACGUAUCGUCGAGGACAGCUAAAGAAAGUUUAUUCCUACAGGCUGGUGGCUGCGGACACAUCAGAAGAAGACGAAGAGAUCAUCGCAGCUCGGAAAGAGAUCAUUUCUGGAAUAUGGUUUGAUGGCAAGUCUUAUCCCGUUGAUGGCAAAUUUUGUAUUCCGACCAUCGAUGGAAACUACAGCAAUGACUACCUCCUUGGAGCUUCGUAUAUGAGGGACGACAUCAAAACCAUAUACAAAAGGUUGGUUUAG